AUGUCGGCUCCUCUUGGGCCCCGAGGCGGCCCUGCUCCCCCUCCGCCUCCGCCGCCUCCGCCCGAGAUGCCCGACCUCAGCCACCUCACGGAGGAAGAGAGGAAGAUCAUCCAAGCCGUCAUGGACCGCCAGAAGAAGGAAGAAGAGAAGGAGCAGUCCGUGCUGAAGGGUAAAGAAGAACAAAAACAACCAGUGACACAGUGGUUUCCCUUUAGUGGGCUCACUGAGCGUAAUAACGUUCUUCAGCCACAGCAAAAACAACAAAAGGAAAAGGAGCCCCAGACGAAACUACACCAACAGUUUGAAAUGUAUAAAGAACAGGUGAAGAAAAUGGGCGAAGAAUCGCAGCAGCAGCAACAGCAGCAGCAGCAGCAGCAGCAACAACAGAAGGGCGAUGCUCCAACCUGUGGCAUUUGUCACAAAACAAAAUUUGCUGAUGGCUGUGGCCAUAACUGUUCAUAUUGCCAAACUAAAUUUUGUGCACGUUGCGGAGGACGAGUAUCUUUACGUUCAAACAAGGUAAUGUGGGUGUGUAAUUCAUGUCGAAAGCAACAAGAAAUCCUCACAAAAUCUGGAGCCUGGUUUUAUAACAGCGGAACUAACACCCCACAGAAGUCUGAUCAAGAGGGUUUUAGAGGACUGCAGAAUGAAAAAGCACCUCAGGACAAAAAAACAAAGCUGCAAGAACAGUCAGCCUUGGAACGAAGUAGAUCCCAAGGGAUUACAAGGCAAGAGUCCAUAAACGGUUCUGGAGGAAAGGUGGUGGGUGACCCAGCAGACAGAAAAAGAAGUCCAUCAAUACCCAGAGAUCAGAACAGGAGUUUCAAUCAGCUGGAGGAGAGAGACGACUAUCCACAGUAUGCAACAUCAGAUGCUGCAAUGCCAAGAUCACCAUCAGAUUAUACAGACAGACAUUCACAACAUGGGUUGCAACCAUACGAAGAACCUGAAAUCGAUGACUAUAGGGAUUCUAGCAGGAGAAAUCGCAGACGUUCACGGGAAUAUCCUUUAGAGGAAGAUGACAUGCAAAAUAGAGGGGAAUAUGAAAGGCAGCGGAGGGAGGAAGAAUAUCAAGCACGAUACCGAAGUGAUCCUAAUUUGGCUCGUUAUCCUGUCAAACCCCAACCAUACGAAGAGCAAAUGCGCAUUCAUGCUGAAGUCUCGCGUGCACGUCAUGAAAGAAGGCACAGUGAUGUGUCUUUGGCCAAUACUGAAUUGGAAGAUUCCCGGAUUUCGAUGAUGAGAAUGGACCGACCAUCCAGGCAAAGGUCUACCUCUGAACGCAGAGCUGCCAUGGACCAACGUUCGUAUUCAAUGGAAAGGACUCAGGGACUAAGUCCCAAUAGGCAGAGAACUGCAAAUCACAGUCCUCCAACACCUAGGAGGAGUCCAAUACCUUUUGAUAGACCAGAUAUGAGGAGAACUGAUCCAUUAAGAAAACAGCAUCAUUUAGACCCAAGCUCAGCCGUACGGAAGACAAAACGUGAAAAAAUGGAAACCAUGUUAAGAAAUGAUUCGUUGAGUUCGGAUCAGUCGGAAUCAGUUAGGCCUCCACCACCAAAGCCUCAUAAAACAAAAAAAGGAGGUAAAAUGCGCCAGGUGUCAUUGAGCAGCUCUGAAGAAGAGUUGGCUUCUACACCAGAAUAUACGAGCUGUGAUGAUGUAGAGAUUGAAAGUGAAAGUGUUAGUGAAAAAGGGGACAGUCAAAGGGGAAAAAGAAAAACUAGUGAGCAGGCAGUUUUGUCGGACUCUAACAUCUUAUCUGAAAGACAAAAGAAAAUGGUGUGUUUUGGUGGCCAGUCUUUGGAAGAGGACUUGGAAUGGUCUGAACCUCAGAUUAAGGAUUCUGGGGUAGACACUUGUAGUAGCACAACUCUAAAUGAGGAACAUAGCCAUAGUGAAAAGCAUCCUGUAACCUGGCAGCCAUCCAAAGAGGGAGAUGGCUUAAUUGGCCGAAUUUUGUUAAAUAAGCGCCUAAAAGAUGGAAGCGUGCCUAGAGAUUCAGGAGCAAUGCUUGGACUUAAGGUGGUUGGAGGAAAAAUGACUGAAUCAGGUCGACUAUGUGCAUUUAUCACCAAAGUAAAAAAAGGAAGUUUAGCUGACACAGUUGGACAUCUUAGGCCAGGUGAUGAAGUAUUAGAAUGGAAUGGAAGGCUUUUACAAGGAGCCACUUUUGAAGAAGUGUAUAACAUCAUUCUUGAAUCCAAACCAGAGCCACAAGUAGAACUUGUAGUUUCAAGGCCAAUAGGGGAUAUUCCCAGAAUACCUGACAGUACGCAUGCACAGUUGGAGUCCAGUUCUAGUUCAUUUGAAUCUCAGAAAAUGGAUCGGCCUUCCAUAUCAGUCACUUCUCCCAUGAGUCCUGGGAUGUUGAGAGAUGUUCCACAGUUUUUAUCUGGACAACUUUCAAGCCAAAGCCUUAGUAGAAGAACAGCGCCUUUUGUUCCUAGGGUUCAGAUAAAGUUGUGGUAUGACAAAGUUGGUCAUCAAUUAAUAGUCACAAUAUUGGGAGCAAAAGAUCUCCCUUCAGAGAAGAUGGGGACCAGGAAUCCCUACGUUAAGAUUUACUUUCUUCCUGACAGAAGUGAUAAAAAUAAAAGAAACAAAACAGUAAAAAAAACAUUGGAGCCCAAGUGGAACCAAACAUUUAUUUAUUCUCCAGUUCAUCGGAGAGAAUUUCGAGAGCGAAUGUUGGAAAUUACUCUUUGGGACCAAGCUCGUGUUCGUGAGGAAGAAAGUGAAUUUUAGGAGAGGUACUCAAUGCUAUUAUUAGACAGCAUUGCUGAUGAUGAGCCUCAUUGGUACAAACUUCAGACUCAUGAUAUGUCCUCAUUGCCACUUCCCCAUCCUUCCCCAUAUUUGCCACGCCGACAGCUUCAUGGAGAUAGCCCUACACGAAGGUUGCAAAAUAAAGGCUCAUAUUCAUAUAAUCCAGGAUCCAAAAGAAUAAGUGAUAGUGAAAUCUCGGACUAUGAUUGUGAUGAUGGAAUAGGAGUAGUGUCAGAUUACAGACAUAAUGGAAGAGAUCUUCAAAGUUCAACAUUAUCAGUGCCAGAACAAGUGAUGUCAUCCAAUCAUUGCUCUCGAUCAGGCUCUCCUCAGCGUGGUGACAGUAUAGGAAGAACUAGAUCAUGGUCUCCCAGUGUUCCUCCAUUACAACGGAAUGUGGAACAUGGGUCUCGAGGGACCCGAUCUACUCCUGCACAUUACAAUACCAUGAAUCGAAUGGAUAGACAUCGAAUAAUGGAUGACCACAACUGUCCAGACAGAGAGAGUCAUUAUCUCACUCUGCCUUGGUCCCAUCACACUCAAUCCAUUGACUACCAUCAUAGAGAUGCCAGCAAGGAUCACUCAUUGUAUCCUAACAUUUGUGAAGAUGCAAUCAGAUUACUUCGAUCACAUAGGAUGUGUCGUGCCUAUUCUGAGGGUGCUUACUAUGAGUUUGAGAGGAGGAGUAGGAAGGAGGAAAGAGAGCCUAAUACAUAUGUUGAUGACACGUUUAUUUCCCCUGCUCUCGAAAGGUAUUACAAUGGUGCAAGUUCAUGGGCAGAUCAUGUAGUCAAUGGUACAGCUGAAAAUCACAGGAAUUGGGACCCUAGACUACCAUAUCAAAGAUCCAGAUCAACAGAACAGCGUCCAGUGCUAGAGCGGCCCAGCCCCCGCUCCCGAUCCACUGAGCGUCCUGAGUCAAACCUCAUGAGAUCGAUGCCUUCAUUAAUGACUGGAAGAUCUGCCCCUCCCUCACCUGCAUUAUCGAGGUCACAUGCUCAUUCGGGGUCAGUCCAAACAAGCCCAUCAAGUACUCCGGUGGCAGGACGCAGGGGUAGACAGUUGCCACAACUCCCACCAAAAGGGACCCUGGAGAGAAAAGCAGGUGGUAAAAAACUGAAGAGUACAGUACAGAGAAGCACAGAAACUGGGUUGGCUGUGGAGAUGAGAAAUUGGAUGACACGUCAGGCCAGCAGGGAGUCUACAGAUGGCAGCAUGAACAGUUAUAGCUCAGAGGGAAAUUUGAUCUUUCCUGGUGUGCGGUUGGCAGCAGACAGCCAAUUCAGUGAUUUUCUGGAUGGACUUGGCCCUGCACAGCUAGUGGGACGCCAGACCCUAGCUACUCCAGCAAUGGGUGAUAUCCAAGUUGGAAUGAUGGACAAAAAGGGACAAUUGGAGGUAGAAAUAAUAAGAGCACGAGGCCUUGUUGUAAAACCAGGUUCAAAGACACUGCCAGCACCAUAUGUAAAGGUGUAUCUAUUAGAAAAUGGAGUCUGUAUAGCCAAAAAGAAAACAAAAGUGGCAAGAAAAACGCUGGAACCGCUUUACCAGCAGCUGUUGUCAUUUGAAGAGAGCUCUCAAGGGAAAGUUUUACAGAUUAUUGUAUGGGGAGACUAUGGGCGUAUGGAUCAUAAAUCCUUUAUGGGAGUGGCACAGAUACUUUUAGAAGAACUGGACCUGUCCAAUAUGGUGAUUGGCUGGUUUAAACUAUUUCCUCCUUCGUCCCUAGUAGAUCCAACUUUGGCCCCUCUUACAAGAAGGGCUUCCCAAUCAUCUCUUGAAAGUUCAACAGGACCGUCGUACGCUCGCUCAUAG